ACUUACACCAGACCUCUCCCAACAUCCCAACUCCUGCCCUCCAACCCGCCCCCCAGCGACCACCGCCCCCCCGACUCCCCAGACACCCCCAGUGCUCGAUACCAUGGCGGAGAUUCGUCGCAAGCUCGUUAUCGUCGGCGACGGUGCCUGUGGAAAGACCUGUCUGCUCAUUGUCUUCUCCAAGGGCACCUUCCCUGAGGUCUACGUGCCCACUGUCUUCGAGAACUAUGUUGCCGACGUAGAGGUCGACGGCAAGCACGUCGAGCUCGCCCUCUGGGAUACCGCAGGCCAGGAGGAUUACGACCGUCUGCGCCCUCUUUCGUACCCCGACUCACACGUUAUCCUCAUCUGCUUCGCCAUCGACUCGCCCGAUUCGCUCGACAACGUCCAGGAGAAGUGGAUUUCCGAGGUGCUGCACUUCUGCCAGGGCCUGCCCAUCAUCCUCGUCGGCUGCAAGAAGGAUCUUCGCUUCGACCAGAAGACGAUUGAGGAGCUGCACAAGACUUCCCAGAAGCCUGUGACCCCCGAGCAGGCCGAGGAUGUCCGCAAGAAGAUCGGUGCGCUCAAGUACCUCGAGUGCUCGGCAAAGACGAACGAGGGUGUGCGGGAAGUAUUUGAACACGCCACCCGCGCUGCCCUGACCACCCGGAAAGAGAACAAGAAGAAGAAGUGCCUGAUCUUGUAAGGUCGACACGGCGUACAUGCGGUGGCCGCCGCAGCACCCUGUCGUGGCUACACAGGGGCCCCCAAACGAGCCUGCGGCGGCCGUGAGCUAGGUGGUUGAUAUGAAGACACAUGUGAAUGGUGGGCUGUCGAAGGCGCGCAUCU